UUGUCAAAGAAAGUUCUCGUCUUUCUCCAGAUUAUAUUCAUCUGGAAAAUAGUUGAUCCUCCGUGAAAGAAUCUGGGCUCUGCUUCUUUUUUUAAUGAGCCGAAUUUGAAGGAAUCUUUCAAAAGACGAUGAGAUCGAAGUUUUGGUCGUUAGCUCUUGUUCUUGUGCUCUUCUUCGUUUCUUGUGAUGGGUUUGCCUCUAAUGAAGUUGGAGCACUUAGGAGAUUCAAGGAAGCUAUCUAUGAGGACCCUUUGCUAGUUAUGUCUAAUUGGAAUGACCCCAAUUCAGAUCCUUGUGAUUGGACCGGCAUUAAUUGCUCUCCAUCUAAAGAUCAUGUUAUCAAGAUAAAUAUAUCGGCAUCAUCGAUAAAAGGGUUUCUUGCGCCGGAAUUGGGUCAAAUAACCUACCUUCAGGAAUUAAUCCUACAUGGGAACAUUCUAAUCGGGACAAUACCUAAGGAGAUAGGAAACCUAAAGAAUCUCAAGAUCUUGGACUUGGGAAACAAUCAACUGAUGGGACCGAUCCCAGCAGAGAUCGGGAGUUUGUCCGGCAUCAUGAUAAUAAACCUUCAGUCCAAUGGUUUGACUGGAAAGUUGCCUGCAGAGCUCGGUAACUUGAAGUACCUUAGAGAACUUCAUAUUGACAGGAAUAGGCUUCAAGGAAGUCUUCUUGUUGCUGGAGCAUCGGGCUAUCAGUCGAAAGUGUAUUCUUCAAAUUCAAGUGCAAACAUCGCCGGUUUGUGCAAGUCUCUAAAAGUAGCCGAUUUUUCAUACAACUUUUUUGUGGGAAACAUUCCAAAAUGUUUAGAGUACCUUCCAAGGACGAGCUUUCAAGGGAACUGCAUGCAAAACAAGGAUCUUAAGCAUAGACCUUCUUCCCAAUGCGGUAAUGCACAACUGGUCAAAACUCAUGGAAGCCCGAGCGCCGCCCCUAAGCACCAGUCAGCUCAAAUGGUGGCUAAGCACCAUAGAGCAUCAAAACCUAAAUGGCUUCUAGCUCUUGAGAUAGUCACAGGGUCAAUGGUUGGUUUGCUCCUCCUGGUGGCACUUUUCUCAGCAGUUCACCGCUGGAACAACAGAUCAUCUCUCAUCAUUCCUUGGAAAAAAUCUUCAAGUGAAAAGGAAAAGUUCACAGUCUACGUAGAUUCUGAAAUGCUGAAAGAUGUUUCGAGAUUAACAAGACAAGAGCUCGAAGUGGCGUGUGAAGACUUUAGCAAUAUCAUUGGUUUAUCUGCAGAUAGUCAGAUCUAUAAAGGAACGCUGAAAGGUGGGUCUGAGAUUGCGGUGAUCUCUCUUUGUGUAAAGGAAGAAGAUUGGACUGGAUAUCUUGAGCUCUAUUUCCAGAGAGAGGCUGCAGAUUUGGCUAGAUUAAACCACGAGAACACAGCGAAAUUACUUGGAUAUUGUAAAGAGAUCUCACCAUUUACAAGAAUGCUUGUUUUUGAGUAUGCAUCAAAUGGAACACUAUACGAGCACCUCCACUAUGGGGAAGCGGCUUUAGUAUCGUGGGCAAGACGGAUGAAGAUUGUUAUAGGCAUCGCACGUGGUCUCAAGUACCUUCAUAUGGAACUUGAUCCUCCGUUUACAAUCUCUGAGCUGAGCUCAAACGCAAUCUAUCUCACAGAAGAUUUCACUCCCAAGUUGGUUGAUUUCGAAUGCUGGAAGACGAUUCUUGCGAGAUCAGAAAAGAAUUUGAGGAAUAUUAGUAGCCAGGGUUCGAUAUGUGUACUCCCAAAUGGAAUGGAGAGCCGAUAUCUUGAUGUGUCGGGUAAUAUCUAUGCAUUCGGCAUUCUUUUACUGGAAAUUGUCAGUGGAAGACCUCCCUAUUGCAAAGACAAAGGUUUCUUAAUUGAAUGGGCAAAGGAGUUCCUUGAAGCACCAGAGACAAUGGCGGGAUUGGUGGAUCCAGAGCUGAAACAUUUUAACCAAGAAGAGCUUGAGACGGUAUGCGAAGUGGCAAGCCAAUGCUUGAACAGGGACCCGACCAACAACAACAACAAUAGCAACAAGCCCUCAGUGCAAGAGCUAUGCGAGACAUUGGAGAGUAGAAUCAGUCUGUCAAUUUCUGCAGAGCUAAGAUCAUCUUCUUUGGCUUGGGCCGAGCUGGCGCUCGACUCGUGAUGAGAAUGUUUUGUGUUUUGGGUGUUCAAAGUGUUUGUAAAGGAAGAGAUGAACAUAAGAGUUUCUGAAAGAUUUUCUCUAUUAUUUGGAAAUCUAUGAGAGGUUGAAGAAUGUUAAUAUAGUAUGUUUGGAUCUAUCCUUUUAUCUUAUGUUACAUAGCAUUGGAUCUAUUGUUUGAGAUGUUUAGUCCCAUUGGAUAAAGAAGCUUUAACAUU